UCUUCUAUUUCCCAUCAAAGAUCUGAGUCUGAAGCGUCUCUGUACGCAAAACGAGUCAACUCAGCGAGUGAGCCCGUCCAAGUGUAUUUGAUACAAGCUCUUUUUGGCUCAGAAAUCCGGCUCGAAUCCGAGGAGGAUGGUGGAUCCGGCGAACACGAAGCUCGGCAGGAUGCUGUUGGACCAGAUCAGCCCGGCUGUGAUGGUGCUCCGCACGCCGCUCGUGGAGGAUUCCUGCCGGAGAAAUCAUUUAUCCCUGAUUGAAAUGUUGUCCCCCUACAGCACUUUCAAUAACAUCGACGUUCCAGUCAGGACGGCUAGUGAUCAGCCGUACAGAUUGAGGAAAUUCAAAUUGAGAUUGUUUUAUAAUUCGGAUAUUCGGCAGCGGAGUACUGAGGCUGCAAAGGAGAGGUUAAAACAAGUAAUCACUCAUGCGGGAGAUAAAGAGAUAUCCGAUUUGUGUUCACCUGAAGCAGAAAUUGAGUCUGUAAUUACGAUGUCAGCGCAGGAGUUAGUGCCAUCAUGGUUUCAGAAUUUUAACAAAGAGCUUAUCGAUGCUGCUGCCUUCUCAGAACAUGAAGCUUUUGAUCAUCCUGUGGCUUGCCUUGUUGCCGUCUCUACAAAGGAUAAAGAUCCCAUAGGAAAAUUUGUUGACCUUUUCAACACAACUCAGUUGCCUCAUCUUCUGAACGAUGGCUCCAUGGAUCCUAAGAUUCUGAAGUAUUACUUGCUGGUACAUGAUAAUCAAGAAGGCAUGCAGGAAAAAGCUACUGGAAUUCUGGCAGAAAUGAGGAGUACAUUUGGUGCAAGUGAUUGUCGUCUCUUGUGUAUAAACUCUUCUGUUGACGGCACGGAAGAACAUCAACAAAAUUCAUGGGCAUCUCAUGAAAAUAGUGCUUCAAAUGAAAAACAGUUCGGUUGCUUCCUCAACAAGGAUGAUAUAGAAGAGCUGAGAAAUACCAUGCACGAUUUCUCAUCUAAACAUAUAAUCCCUCUUAUGGAGCUGAAAAUUCGUGUUCUUAACCAGCAGGUUUCAGCAACAAGGAAGGGUUUUAGAAACCAGAUAAAAAACUUAUGGUGGAGAAAAGGGAAAGACGAUGUACCUGAGAAUCCUAGUGCACCUAUGUACACCUUUAACUCGACAGAAUCUCAGAUACGAGUGUUGGGUGACUAUGCUUUCAUGUUGCGAGACUAUGAGCUGGCAUUAUCGAAUUAUCGACUUAUUUCUACUGAUUACAAACUUGAUAAAGCUUUGAAGCAUUAUGCUGGUGUUCAGGAGAUGAUGGGACUGGCUUAUUUUAUGUUGGAUCAGUCAAGAAAAGAUGCUGAGUACUGCAUGGAAAAUGCAUUUACCACAUAUGCGAAAAUUGGUUCAUCAUGUGGGCGGAACGUCACACGCUGCGGAAUUUGGUGGGCUGAGAUGUUAAAGGCUAGAGAUCAGUACAAAGACGCUGCUGGUGUCUACUUCCGAAUCUCUGGUGAGGAACCCUUGAAUUCUGCGGUGAUGCUUGAGCAAGCCGCGUACUGCUUCUUGAUGUCUACACCAGCCAUGUUAAGGAAAUAUGGGUUUCACCUUGUUCUUUCUGGCGAUCUCUACAAGAAAUGUGAUCAGAUAAAACAUGCAGUGAGAACAUACAAAGGUGCCCUUUCUGUCUUUAAAGGCACAGCUUGGAGCCACAUCAGGGAUCAUGUCCAUUUCCAUAUUGGAAAGUGGUAUGCAAUACUUGGAAUGUUCGAUGAGGGUAUCAAACAUGUGUUAGAGGUCUUGGCCUGUGGUCAUCAAGCCAAGCUCACUCAAGAGUUGUUCCUGAGUGAAUUUUUUCAAAUUAUUCAGGAAACAGGGAAAAUAUUUGAGGUGUUGAGGCUUCAGUUGCCUGUGAUAAACUUUCCUUCAAUCAAAGUCGUGUUUGAAGAUCAUCGCACUUAUGCAUCUCCUGCAGCUGCCAAUGUUGAGGAAAGCUUGUGGCAGGCGCUGGAGGAGGACAUGACUCCAUCGGUCGCAGGGUUGAAGAGUAACUGGCUUGAUUUACAAUCAAAGAUUUUACCAAAGAAGUACAAAGAAUCAAACGUCUGCAUUGCUGGAGAGGCUAUCAAGGUGGAAGUUAGUUUCAGGAACCCUCUUCAGAUCCCUAUAUCAGUUUCAAAUGUUUCUCUGAUAUGCAAGCAUUCAACAGAAUGUGAUAAAAUUGACCCAGCCUCGAAUGGAUCUUUAGAUGAAGAUAAGAAUGACACAGGAUUGAGAACUGUCUCAGUUACUGGGGAGACUAGCACAGAUGCAUCGUUUUUCGAUUUAUCAGAAGUCAACAUUUCAAUGCAAAGUGGAGAAACCGUAUUGGUUCAGCUAACAGUCACUCCCAAAGUAGAGGGCACUUUAAAAUUAGUUGGCGUUCGGUGGAAACUCUCUGGUUCGGUAAUUGGAAUUUGUAACUUUCAGUCAGAUAUUGUCAGAAAGAAAGUUGCUAAAGGGAAAAGAAAGCCAAAAAAGUCACUGAAAGAUAACCUUGAGUUCUUGGUGAUAAAGAGUCUACCAAGGCUUGAGGGUACCAUUCACAACUUACCUCAGACAGUUUAUACUGGAGAUCUUCGACGUCUUACCAUGGAGUUGAGGAAUCCAUCAAAAACUCCUGUGAAGAACUUGAAGAUGAAGAUCAAUCAUCCAAGAUUUCUAGACAUUGCAGAUCAGGAAGUUAUGAACUUGGAAUUCCCUACUUAUCUGAAAAAACAGGCAAUUUCAUCACGAAGCUGCACUACCUUAGAUGCAUCCAAGACAGCAAAAACUGUAUUUAUGUUCCCCGAGAACAUAGCAAGUUCUUGGCAAACACCCAUUAAGUGGCCCCUUUGGUUUAGGGCUGCUGCUUCUGGAAGCAUUUCACUGUGUAUAACAAUAUAUUACGAAACAGAAGAUGUGUCAUCAAUCAUAAAAUAUCGAACUUUGCGCAUGCAUUACAAUGUGGAGGUGCUGCCAUCUCUGGAAGUGUCAUAUCGAAUCAGCCCCUCUCCAUCUCGAUUGCACGAGUUCCUUGUUCGUAUGGAUGCCACCAACAGGACCAGUUCACAGAAUUUCCAGGUGCAUCAGUUAUCAUGUGUUGUGGACCAGUGGGAACUUGCACUGCUGCAGCCAAUGCAGCCAAUAGGACCUAACUUAUCCUUGGGAUUUUUGAUGGCUGGUCAGUCACUGUCAUGCUUUUUCAGGCUAAAGAAUUGCAAAACUCGAGGAAGUACUGAAGAUAAAAUGUCUUUUGCCAAGGGAAUAGCAGAUGUGAGACUUGUUGAUAGCGAGUCCAGUGGAUUGUUUGAUACAUCUGUAUCACCUUUUGAUCUUUUUCAUCAUCAAGAAAGAUUGCAUCAAGAAAGGCAUGACAAGGGUGAUGGGAACACUGUUGAUUUCAUCUUGAUAGCCGAGUCACAGGAUGAUAGUGAUGCUGAGCCACCAAGAACCGCUGCAGAAAUUCUCUCUCACUACGCGUGCCACUGCAGAGUUGGAAGUAGCAGCCCGGUAUGGUGGUCAAUGGAUGGUCCUCGGUCAGUGAACCAUGACUUUUCAUCUGGUUUCUGUGAGAUAAAUCUGAAUAUGACUGUAUACAACUCCUUAGAAGAUGCUGUAUCAGUUCGAAUUAACACCCUUGAUUCCUUACCUCGGUCGAACUCAAUCACCAACACUGCUUCUGUAUCUGGGUACGAAUAUGGUUGGCACGAUGCAUCUCAUUUAACUGAUGCUAAAGUAACACCUGAUUCCAUGGGGGGCCGAGUUGGGAAGGCUCUAUCACCUGAGAGCGUUUCACCAUUCAUUUGGUCCGGAUCAUGUUCAACGCGGAUCAAUCUUGAGCCGCUGUCUUCUGCUGAAGUACCUCUCCAGAUUUCUGUGUUUUGCCAAGGUACGUUUGACUUAUCAAACUACUCGUUGCAGUGGAAUUUACUGCCAGGUGACGGAGGAGACGAUGGAAACGAAUCAAGAGUGCGAUCUGGUUCUUGUCAUGGCCGCCCUUACCAUAUUACAGUGCUGCAAAAAGAACAAAGCUGAAACAUUAAAUUAUUUUCGUCGUAUCAGGUAAAGGGAAAUUGUUUGUAGUGACUUUACAAAUACGAUCUGUAAAUGACAGUGAUUGAAUGUAUUGUUGUAGCAAUAGAGAGAACACAGCAAAAGAGUUCAUUGCA